UGAGAGGAAAUGGAGAACAUUUCUACCAGGCUGCUGCUGCUCAUCUUAUGGAAUGUCAUGAAUGAAACUGCAGGUCAGAUACCACCUCAGGGGUUUAGGUAUGCCUCUUAUGAAGUGACCAUCCCAAGGAAACUGACCCCCAGGUAUGGACAACAGGAGCCUCAUCAUGUCAACUAUCUGGUACACGUUGAGGGGAAAAGCCACAUGGUGCACCUCAGGCAGAAGAAGGGAUUCAUCCCUAAACACUUCCCUGUCUUCACCUAUAAUAUAGAGGGGGAACUCCAGGUGGACUACCCAUUUAUCAGGGAUGACUGUUUCUACCUUGGUUCUGUAGAAGGAACGCCUUCCUCUUUGGUCACCCUCAGCACUUGCUCAGGGGGACUCAGGGGUCUGCUUCGAUUAGAAAAUGAGACCUAUGAAAUUGAACCUGUCCAGGCAUCUCUUACGUUUCAACAUGUGGUGUAUCGGUUGGAAGAAAAGUCGGGCGCCGUCCGUCUGAGAUGUGGGCUAACGGAGGAAGAGCAAAGUCUUCAAGACACCGUGAUCCAGAAAACAGAGAAUGUAGUGGACAGAAGGGCUUCCAGAAGAGACUGGUGGUCACAUACCAGGUGCUGAUUGUAAUAUUGGAGAGUGUUGCCACCAUUGUCAUUAUCGC